AUGGAGAUACUCGAUACUACAGACAUGGAGGUUCUACUCGGCAUCACUGGCAAGGACUUCGUCAUUCUGGCGGCCUCCAAGGCUGCCAUGAGAGGCCCCACCAUCCUCAAAGCCGAAGAUGACAAGACAAAGCAGCUGAACGAACACAAUCUUAUGGCCUUCUCCGGAGAGGCGGGAGACACGGUACAAUUUGCGGAGUACAUCCAAGCCAACAUCCAACUAUACACGAUGCGGAACGAUACCGAGCUGGGUCCGAAUGCAGUUGCUAGCUUUGUUAGGGGAGAAAUGGCGCGGAGUCUGCGGUCUCGGAAUCCCUACACUGUCAACCUCUUGCUGGGAGGUGUCGAUCCCAUUACGCACAAGCCUCACCUAUACUGGAUUGAUUACCUGGCAUCACUGGCUCCUGUACCAUAUGCUGCUCACGGAUAUGCACAAUACUACUGUCUGUCCACCCUCGAUAAACACCACCACCCCGACAUUUCGCUCGAAGAAGGAAUGAAGCUCUUGGAAAUGUGCACAGACGAGUUGAAGCGCAGACUACCGAUCGAUUACAAGGGGGUUCUGGUGAAGAUCGUGACUAAGGACGGCGUGCAAGAAGUACCAUUCGAUAAUAACAGGAUUGUCAAGAGUGCCUAA